AUGUGGUGCUUUUUCUGCAAGAAACCACCCUCCGGAGAGAAACGGAGUCCCGAUGAAGUUUCUCCGGUAAACCUCCGCCGAGAAAGUAAGACGUAUCAUUUGCCUUCUUCUUCCUCCACCGCCGCGGAUGUAGUCGACAUCGGAGACAAGUUAGCUUCGGUUCAGAUUCUAUCAGCGAGAACGUGGCACCCUGGUGACUUCUCCUCCGGCUCUUCUUGCCGGCCGUUCGGGUUGAGUCUCCGUGCGCCUGAAGGAUGGCCACCGUGGCUGAUUACUGCUUGCGGCGAAGCCAUCAAAGACUUGACUCCUCGACGAGCCACUACUUACGAGAAGCUUGAGAAGAUUGGUCAAGGAACGUACAGCAAUGUCUACAAGGCUAAGGAUCUAUUGACUGGAAAGAUUGUAGCCUUGAAGAAAGUUAGGUUUGAUAAUUUCGAAGCAGAGAGUGUUAAGUUCAUGGCCAGAGAGAUUAUUAUGCUACGACGCCUAAAUCAUCCUAACGUUAUAAAACUUGAAGGGUUAGUUACUUCAAGGGUUUCGUGCAGUCUCUACCUUGUUUUUGAGUAUAUGGAGCAUGAUCUCACUGGUCUUGCAGUAGCUCAAGGUGUCAAGUUUGAUCUUUCUCAGGUGAAAUGCUUUAUGAAGCAGCUCUUAUCAGGGCUAGAGCAUUGCCAUCGUCAAGGAGUCUUACAUCGGGAUAUGAAAGGUUCUAAUUUGCUCAUAGACAAGGAUGGUAUACUUAAGAUUGCUGAUUUUGGGUUGGCUACCUUUUAUGACCCAAAAGUAAAGAAAACAAUGACUAGUCGUGUUGUCACACUCUGGUACCGCCCUCCCGAGCUCCUUCUUGGAGCUACCAACUAUGGCACUGCUGUUGAUCUCUGGAGUGCUGGUUGUAUCAUGGCAGAGCUACUUUCUGGCAAGCCUGUUAUGCCAGGUAGAACAGAGGUCGAACAACUUCAUAACAUUUUUAAAUUCUGUGGCUCCCCAUCAGAUUUGUACUGGAAGAAGUACAAAUUACCGAAGGCAACCCUUUUUAAGCCGAAACAUCCGUACAAACGUCGUGUGGCGGAAGCAUUCAGUGGAUUUACUUCAUCAACUGUACAUCUAGUGGAGACACUUCUCGCUACAGAUCCUGAUGAUCGAGGAACUUCUACCUCGGCCUUGAGUAGUGAAUUCUUUACGAGUGAACCGUUAGCCUGUGAUCCAUCAAGUUUACCAAAGUAUCCACCAUCCAAAGAACUGAAUUUAAAGCUAAGAGACCAAGAGGCAAGAAGGGAAAAGGGUCUUUCUGGAAAAGCUAGUAGUGUUGAAGGAGCCAGAAGAAUAAGGUAUCGUGAAGAUCGAACUGGGCGAGCUAUUCCAGCUCCAGAAGUUAAUGCUGAGAUUCAAGCAAACUUAGAUAGAUGGAGAGUGAUACCACAAACACAUGGAAAGAGCAAGAGCGAAAAGUUCCCGCCUCCUCACCAGGACGGUGCAGUUGGGCACCCAGUGGAAGAAGAUCAGUCAAACAAAAGCUCAGUAUUUGGUGCUCCUUUCGGGUCAUCGAGAUCAAUGAGUAGAAAUAUUUCAAACAAAGAAAGGCCUCGUGGCUCUUCUUCUUCUAGAAAAAAUAUAUGUGGCCUUAAACCUCCUCCACCGCUUUUGCUAUCAGUAGACUUACUUUUCAGUAGCAGAUCAGAAGUUUUUGGAAUCCGGAGAUGA